UGAAACAGCGCCGCCCCCAGCUACUUCCUUCCCGUCGCCGCCGCCUCCGCCGCCGCCGCCGCAUAUCGCCAUCCAAACCCUAAUCCAAGCUCGCCUCUCGAUCGUCAGUGGGAGCGAGCAGGGCAGGCCGACCCCCGCCGACAUGGGAAUCGACGACGAGAUGAGCCUAGCGGAUGACACACCCACCGACAUGGACAUCGACGGCGUCGCAGAAGACGUCGUCCGCAAGACAGUUGACGCUGACAUCCCCGCCAUGGAGAUCCUCGGAGACACCGCCGGAGAGGUGAAGGAGAAGGUCCUAUCAACCGAGAGCGAGAAACCAGCUCCCCCUCUCUCUCGGAGGGAGCGGAUAGCCCUCCUCCCUCCCAACCACCCCUACCACUACACCUGCGGCCUUCCAAACUUCGUCUUCUUCGCCAUGGCCAUGGUUUCUUUCCUCUACGCGGUGAUCGUCCCAUUUCUGCUGUGGCGUGCCGCCGCCGACAAGCCAACAUCGCUCAUCUGGACAUGGUCGAUUCUCGCGUGCUCGUACGGGAUAUUCUGGAUCAUCUCCCUGUCAGAGGUUCUAGGUGUAAUUGUUGUCUUCUUCCGCGUUUCCUAUGUCGCCUUUGUGGCCGCCGCCUCCACCCAGCUGGUUGGUUCCAUCACCGGCGUCUCGAUCGUGUACCUCGACACCUUCUACGUCGCCGGGAUGGUCGGCUACGCCGUCGCGGAGUACCGGAUGCGCCGUGGCAUCGAGGAGUGUCCCAGUGCUGUUGCUGCGAUGCCUCCGUUGAUCAGCCAAGAGCAGGAGCGCAACCGCGAGGUCAAUGUGUUCUACGCCGCGUUCAUGUUCGGCUUGGUGUCUCUGGUCACCGUCGGGCGGAUGGCGUGGCUCGUCUUCUUCUCCAACGGCGGCGGCGGCGGCGGCGGAAGGAUCUCCUCCGUGCUCGAGGAGCUCUCGGUGGAGACAUGCUUCGUCUCCUUCCAGUGGACUGCAUUCGUGGCGCUCCCUCUGUCGCUGGUGUCCUUCAACGCCUUGUUCUGCUGGGUGCCCAUUUGCUAUGUCGCAUGGUAUGUUCUGGGCGCGAUACUUGGCGCGCUCGUGGGAUCAGUCGCCAUUGAGGUGCUCUUCUUCUGGCUCGCUGCUGUCGCCAUGGCUGGAUUCUUCGGCUACUGUCUCGCUGUCCACGCACGCUGCAAAAGGUAAUUAACACUCGUAAUUUGUUCAUCGCUUGCAAGAUGAUUUUGAUUUCUAUACACGCUCAACCUGUUCUUGGCAAGAUGAAUUUUACUUUCAUGUACGUUCACAAAGUUCACUAGUAUGUACGGGCU